GCGUUUCUCUAUGAGCCAGCGCUCGCGGCAGCAAAAGCUAGUAGAGAGUGAGCGCGCACGACGUGUGCGAACAGCGUACGUGACACGACUCGAGAGAGAGCGAGUCUUGGCACACACGAACGAUCUUACGUAGCGGCCUGUCGGACCGACCAUCGCCAUGCCGGCCGCCUUCGCGGAGAGCCGAGGCGGCGGCGCCGAGCCGCCCCUGGCCGAGAGCUACCUCGACCUGCUCCGCCGCGGCGGUGGCAUUGCGCCGGGCGAGGGCCGCGCGGCGGCCGCCGUGCAGGAGCGCGAGCUGCCCCUGAUCGACCUCGGGUGCCUGCUGGCGGCGACGGCGGGCGGCGGCGGCGACGAGGCGAGGAGGGCGGCGUGCGCGGACGCCAUGGCGCGGGCGGCCUCCGAGUGGGGCUUCUUCCAGGUGACCAACCACGGCGUGGGCGGCGCGCUCCUGGAGCGGCUGCGGGCGGAGCAGGCGCGGCUGUUCCGGCUGCCGUUCGAGACCAAGGCCCGGGCCGGCCUCCUCAACGGCUCCUACCGGUGGGGCGCCCCCACGGCCACGUCGCUCCGGCACCUCUCGUGGUCGGAGGCCUUCCACGUCCCGCUCGCCAGCAUCUCCGGGAGCGCCUGCGACUUCGGCGAGCUCGGCUCCCUGAGGGGCGUGAUGCAGGAGGUGGCGGACGCGAUGUCGCGGGUGGCCAAGGCCGUGGCGGUGGCGCUGGCGGGGAGCCUGAUGCAGGGGCGGCGCCAGGCGGCGGAGGCGUUCCCGGCGGGGUGCGACGAGACGACGUGCUUCCUGCGGCUGAACCGGUACCCGGCGUGCCCCUUCGCGCCGGACACCUUCGGGCUGGUGCCCCACAAGGACAGCGACUUCCUCACCGUGCUGUGCCAGGACCAGGUCGGGGGCCUCCAGCUCAUGAAGGACGCCCGCUGGGUGGCCGUCAAGCCCCACCCGGACGCGCUCAUCGUCAACAUCGGCGAUCUGUUUCAGGCGUGGAGCAACAACCGGUACAAGAGCGUGGAGCACAAGGUGGUGGCCAACGCCAAGGCGGAGCGCUUCUCCGCCGCCUACUUCCUCUGCCCGUCCUACGACUCGCCCGUCGGUACCUGCGGCGAGCCGUCGCCCUACAGGACCUUCACCUUCGGGGAGUACAGGAGGAAGGUGCAGGAGGACGUCAAGAGGACCGGCAGAAAGAUUGGGCUCCCAAACUUCCUCAAGCAGCAGCCGCCGCGGCCCCAGUGACGGCCCGGAACCAGAUCCUGUAUUCCUGUUCCUUGGGCUCACCGUACAAGAAUAUGUGGCCUUGCAAGCCUUUGCUUCUUCUUCUUCUUUCCCCCACCUUUAUCCGCUUAGAUGAUAUAGAUCACUAUAAUGACGACGACAUGUGCGCUUAUAAAACAUACACAUCGAUUAACUAGUGCUUCGUGGCACAUUUUUUGUUUUGCUUUUCAUUUGCACCUAUAUAUAUAUAUUCAUGCUUUUCUUUUUUAAAAUGUUCCGCCCACUUCAAGGCGCAUAAUCAAACUGUGGGACCAUAUAUCAGUGAAUUAAAGUCGGUAAUGAGAAACGGUAGGAAUGUUUGUUUGCUCCCUC